CCUAAAUUUAUGAAUAAAUAUUAUUCCGCGUAGUCGAUUUCGUAACUAAAUAAAUUGUUCAUAGUUUAUAACACUAGUUGAUUAAUAACUCUAAAAAGUGGACUCAGAAUACAAUUUGAGUUUAUAUAUAGUUAAACAAGCACAUCAAAAUGUUGCUUCUAAAGAACAUACACCGGAAUUUUAUUUUGCCUAUAAAAAUUAGCAAAUAUUCCCGUAUGAUAGUUUGUAGUCGUAAUUUAAGUACCGAAUCGAAUACGCAAUACACGAUUAAAGAUAAAUAUGAUGUUAUUGUUGCCGGCGGUGGAAUGGUUGGCUGUACCAUGGCGUGCGCAUUAGGAAAGAACUCAGUAUUAUCAAAUUUAAAAGUGUUGCUACUGGAAGGCAGUCCCAGUCCUAAGUUUCAAUUAAAGCCAGAAUAUAGCAACCGGGUUGUAGCACUGAGUCAGAACACGAAGACGUUGAUGACCUCUCUAAAGGCCUGGAAACAUGUUGAAGAGAUGCGUCUGCAGCCUGUAAGACAUAUGCAAGUGUGGGAUGCCUGUUCAGAUGCCCUAAUAACAUUCAGCAGUUCCGAAAUCUUAGAUGACGACGUGGCAUACAUAGUAGAGAAUGAUGUGCUACAACAUGCCGUGAACACUGAGCUGACUUCUCCGGAAGUGAAAAAUGUAGACAUAGUAUACGGAGCGAAGAUCUCCGGGUAUGAGUUGGCGAAGAACAAUACAAUGAACAGCUUGGUGAAGAUGGAGAAUGGAGAUUGUUAUUCUUGCAAGUUACUGAUUGGUGCAGAUGGGGCGAAGUCAGCAGUGCGCGAGGCUAUGGGUGUGCAGUAUCUGUCGUGGAGCUACGAUCAGAUGGGUGUUGUUGCCACUCUGGAAUUAGCCGAGGAAACUGACAACACAACAGCAUGGCAACGGUUCCUCCCGACUGGACCCGUGGCCUUACUACCUCUCAACUCCAGGCAAAGCUCACUAGUCUGGUCGACGAAUGUGGAACACGCCAAGCAGUUACUACAACUCCCUGAGGAACAGUUCGUCGAUGCGCUGAACGAUGCCUUGUGGAAACAAUAUCCCCGUAGUGGCACCGUAGAUACCAUGACUUCCUGGCUGAGCUCAUGUUUGAAGAACCUAGGUCUCCCGGACGGCACAGCGCGGCAACUACCUCCUCAGUCUAUCGUGCCUAAAUCAAGGGCCGCCUUUCCACUAGGUUUCGGGCAUAGCACUCGAUAUAUUGCGCCGGGAGUCGCACUCAUAGGAGACGCAGCGCAUCGCGUGCACCCUCUGGCGGGGCAGGGGGUCAACCUCGGUUUCGGCGACGUGCGAGACCUCACGGCUUUCCUCUCCGAUGCCAUCUACACUGGACAAGACUUACGCGAUAAUACCUGGCUGGAGAAGUACGAGACAUCCCGUCAACGCCACAACGUGCCCACGCAACUAGCAGUGGACGCCCUCCACCGGCUGUACAGCGUGGAACUACCCCCACUCGUGCUGGCCAGGAGCCUCGGGCUGCAGCUCACCAACGCGCUGCGGCCUGUCAAGAAAAUGAUCAUGUCACAUGCGACUACGUAAAAAAAAUGAGAAUACUCAACCGGCGAACGGCCUAAACGACU